UAAAAUAACAAACAUUAACAAUUGUCAUAUAUUUACUUCAAUAAUGGGCAAAAAAGACAAAGAGAAAUUUUCUAUACGAGUAGAAUAUAAUGAUGAGUUUACUCCAUUAAUUGUAGUUCAUCAAAUCAAAAAUAAAACGUCUCAACAUAAUAAACACAAAAAAUCUCCAAUAAGUAUUGGAUGGAUUAUUGUUGGCCAACCUAAUAACUUUGAUUUUGACCAGUCCGAAUAUCCUAUAGUGCUUAAAAGUAAAAAAUAUUCUGUUUCUUCUAAGAUAGAUAAACAUUAUAAAGUAGAAAAUCUAGAAAUUCAUGAAUCUGAUAAUACUUGCAUAUUAAGUACAUGCAUACUUAGAGCACCUAAGCCAACCGAAACAACUAUUAUUAUUAAUGCACGCAUUAUUCCUUCUAGUAGUUCAUCAAGCAUAUUUAUUCAUGACCUUAGAAAUACUGGUGAUUAUGAAGCUGAUGCUACAUUUAUGCGAAGAUUGGAGUUAUUGGUUUGGUAA